CUACCGUCCCAUCCUAUGGAUCAGUCUUUCUCUCCUUCUCUCUCUCCUUCUCUCUAUUAGAAAAGGAAACAGAAAAAUCUAACCUAAAGCUCAUUUUCUCUCAAAGAACAAAGCAAGAAUCUUAAUCCCAUCUCUCUCUCAAAGUCCUCUUCCCCUCCUCCUUUCCCGUUUCUCUUCUUCCUCGAUCUGUAUCAUCUUCAAUGUCAAAUGAAAAGAAAAGCCCUUACCUACAGUAUGACCCUUUCGAUUACAACCCCCACGAAAUCGACAGGUCAAGCUUUCCAUUCUUCAAUUACAGCUCUAGUUCCAUAUACAAUAUUCCCCAAACACCAGCAGACCCCCAAACUCAAAGCCUACAUGGAUUUGAAUCUGAUCCUUCGUAUUUGAUGAGCUUCGCCGACUGCUUAAAUGGGUCAAUGGACUACACCACCCUCUCAAAAGCCUUUGAUAUUUCUUGUUCAUCAUCUGAAGUCAUUUCUCCGCCGCUGUUAGAUCAGGACGAUCAUUCGAAAAACAAGGCUGCAGCUGCUGUUGUAGGAGAUCAAAAUCCAUCCACACCGAACUCAUCGAUAUCUUGUUCAUCUAAUGAAGCUGGUGCUGCUCGUCAUCAUGAGCAUGAAAACAAUCAAGAUUCAGAUAAGAUCAGCAAGAAAGAUAAGCAUCAGAAGGUAGUACAGUCAGCUGAAGAAGCUCCUGGAGAUCAUGAAGACGAGUCAAAGAAAGUGAACAAGGCAAAAAAGAAAGAGAAACGGCAGAGGGAACCGCGGUUCGCGUUCUUGACCAAGAGUGAAAUUGAUCAUCUUGAAGAUGGCUACAGAUGGAGAAAGUACGGACAGAAGGCAGUCAAGAAUAGCCCUUAUCCUAGAAGUUAUUACAGAUGCACUACUCAGAAGUGCAAUGUAAAGAAACGUGUGGAGAGAUCGUUCCACGAUCCGGCGACUGUGAUCACAACAUAUGAAGGGCAGCACAACCAUCAAUGUCCAGCGACACUUCGAGGCAGUAUGAAUGCUGUUGGCAUGUUGACACCUUCCUUUUUGGGAGGAUUCGGGACCAGUAACAACGGAUCCCCAAGAUUUCCACACCAAUUAUUGUUAACUCAACUGCUUACUCCAGUCGAUAACAACCAACUUCAACUGCAAGCUCAACAUCAUUAUGAUCCAGCAGGUUCUAUUUUCUACUCAAAUCUCAUGAGUACUCUUCAUCAGAAUCAACCGCAGCAGCAGCAGCAGCAUGUACAUGUUCCUCAUGACUACAAUUUGUUGCAAGAUUUAGCUCCCUCAUUUAGUCACAAGCUGGAGGAGCCAUGAAUAUAUAUAGUGGAAUCAUAUGCACUAAAGUAUGGCUCCAGUACUCUAUUGCGCUGUAACAAAUUAGUAGUACCAGUACUAGACUACUAGUACGUAACUAAGUACUUAGAAUUUCAUCAUAUAUAUAUGGACUAAGAAUUCGGGUCAGUAUGAAUGGGAUCCAAUAUUGCGUACUAGUACUACUCCUGACUACUACAAGUGCAGUACAUACGUAUUGAUCUAGAAGACACUCUCCUAAUUAAGCUUCACUCUUACAGUUAGCGAAGGCAGUUCUUUUGGAGGAAUGUCGCAUAUAUCAUAUACGGCAACCCUAGACCUAUUGUUCGACAUGUAUAGCCAACAUCCGAAUAAUCCUAUCAAGGAGAUCUGGAGAUUGCCUGAGGACGUAAAGCUAUCAUUUCUAAAAGUUUUGAUUUCUAGGUGUGUUUCUUUUUUUUGUAUACAUAAUAGUAGUUAAGACUUGCAAGUGUUUGGUUUUUAACUUUCUGUAGACUUUUUGGGUUUGACAAGGAACGAGCAAUGCUUGAAUCUACGUACGUACUGGCCUUGGGCUUGUAAUACAAAAUCCAAAGAU